AUGGAAAAUCAAGCACAGGAUAGCAGUAGUCAGCAGAGCGGUGGCUCAGAAACCAAGAGAAACGAGCCGGUUCGAUCCCGGUGGACGCCAAAGCCGGAGCAAAUUGUAAUACUAGAGUCUAUCUUCAACAGUGGCAUGGUGAAUCCUCCAAAGGAGGAAACGGUGAGAAUCCGAAAACUGCUAGAGAAAUUUGGUGCAGUUGGUGAUGCUAAUGUCUUCUACUGGUUCCAAAACCGGCGGUCAAGGUCCCGCCGCCGUCAGCGCCAAAUUCAGGCCAGUCUUAGUGGCGGUGAACAACCACAAACUCAGCGGUGGAGUGGUGAUUGUGGUGCAAUUCAGUAUGAAAACACUGCUGCUGCAAGUUCUGUGCCUUCCCCAUAUAAUUUCCCUUUGAUCUCAAGCUCCGGCAUAUAUGGUUCUUCUUCAUCUUGCACCGAAAAUGGUGCUUCUGAUGAUAUGUUCUCACACUCAGUUCACCCGGAAAUCGACCAAAAUCCUUCUGUUCAAUCGACUUUCUUCCCCUCAGAUGCUUCUCAUUUGCAGUACCAGUCUGGAUUGAUUACAGUGUUUAUCAAUGGAGUUGCAACAGAAAUACCAAGAGGGCCACUGGACAUGAAAGCAAUGUUUGGACAAAAUUUUAUGUUGCUUCACUCGUCAGGAGUUCCAGUUCAAGUCAAUGGACAUGGAUUUCUGAUGCAGAGUUUGCAGCAUGGUGACAGCUAUUUUCUGGUUCCAAGACAUUCCCAAGACAUUCUUAAAUUCGAUUGA